GGUAUUUAAUCUCUACUCCUCUCUCUCUCUGCAAUUACUCUUUGAAAGCAUCUCUCUUUAGAAUUUCAAGUAUUGCUGACUUAAGCGUCAGAGUGUUUUCUCCGAGGAAACAUCCUAAGGAAUUUUAGGUGUAGAAGCAGCUGAAGACUUCAACAGUGUUGGAUCGUGAAGCUGCCCAAACAUUUGGCGCCGUUUGUGGGAAACUGAAUAAGAAGUUGUGUAACUUAACCUGCUGAAAGAUAAAAUGGUUCGUACCUUUACUAGAAGUCGCCCCCCGAAAAAUGAAAUGGAUGAGCAGGAGGACACUCAGCUAUCUGAGCUCGGCUUGAAUGGUUUUAGGCCAAUGCCGAGAAACCUUUUCGUUGGAGGAGCAGAACAGGAUCAAUUAAAGCCUACUCGGACAACCGAGCUCGAAGAGAGAACCAGAGUUCUUGAAAUGGCAAUGGGUAAAAUCCUUGCCCGCCUGAUCCCUGAUGACCCCUUAAUUCCUUUGCUGAAUAAGGAUGCACAGCCAACUGCAGUAGUUGCAACCCGUAACUCCUCGGCUUUCAGCAACGUGGUGGUCCCAACUAGACCAAGGGGAAGUGGGAGGUUAAACCCAGAACCUAGCUCAUCCAGGCAUAAUGAAGAGCUGCUAAAGAACGUUGACCUCGAAAGACAGCUCAAAGAUAACGCCAUGAUGUGUAAGGUCUUCCCUACGACCUUGAAGUCAACGGCCAGAAGAUGGUACCACAAGUUACCUAGACAUUCCAUAUCCUCAUAUUCUGAGCUCGCCACUCUGUUUUCGAACAAGUUCUCGAGUCAAAGAGAAAUUAAGCGCACCACUAGCGAGCUGAUGCAAGUUCAUCAGAAGGAGGGAGAGUCUUUAAGGGACUAUAUGCAAUGGUUCAACAAGUCCACUCUGGACAUUGAUAAUGUCCCAGAUACCAUCUGCUUAUCAACUCUGUUGCAUGGCCUUAAACCUGGCCAGUUUCUAGACGACCUACUCGAGAAUCCACCUAAGUCGUGGAAUGAAGUCAAAAGACCCCCUCCCCAAACACAUGAUUCUUCACGAGCUGACAGAAGCAAGUAUUGUGACUACCACCGUGGAUACGGCCAUAACACAGAAGACUGUCAAAGCCUGAAGGACGAGCUUGAAUUCUUAGCUCGCAAUGGAAAAUUGGAGGGGUAUGUACAGAAGCCUUACAUUCGGCAGCCCACCCAGACCCAUUUCGUGCAAGAGUACGGUCGAUCUCAAGCACUUGGAUAUCAGCUCGGCAACAAUCCAAUUCCUUACCAGGCGAGUCAACACUCGUCCGAGCCGAACAAAGCAUACAAGGGACACCCAUUCAAUAGGCGAGGGCAAGGACAGAAGACAUCCACACAAAGUCAAAAGGACCACAGAGGGGCUUAUGCUCGCCAAGUAAUGGUGGUGAACAAGAAUCGCCCUCUUAAGCACCCAUUUGAAGAAGCAAAAUGGGAAAAUGCACCUAUUACAUUCAGCACGGUAGACUACAAGCGAGCAGACGGAGAGCCCGACGUUAUGAUGCCUCAUGCAGAUCGUUUUGUGGCAACGGUCUAUAUAGGCAAUCAUAACGUCAACAAGGUCUUUAUUGAUACUGGUAGUUCACCAGAUAUCCUGUAUUGGAGCUGCUUCCAAAAGAUGCAGCUGAAUUCGAGCUCGUUACAGAAGUAUGAAGGGCCCAUCUAUGGGUUUAACAAUCAACCCGUCCCGGUUGAAAGGGUAAUUACCCUUCCCAUCUAUGUGGGCUUAGAACCACGCUUCAGGAUGGCCUCAGUCAACUUUUUAGUCGUCAAAAUGGAAUCAACCUUCAAUGCCAUACUAGGAAGAGCCACCCUCUACGAGUUGAAGGCAAUCAUCUCGCAACCUCAUCUUUGUAUGAAGUUCCCAACUCCUCAGGGGGUAGGAGUGCUUAAAGGGAACCAGAAGAUGGCCAGAGCUUGCUAUCAAGAUACAUUCAAGAAGGUUGAGCUCGCUGCAGCCCUGAGAGGCUCUUCUAGAAAUCACAGGCCGACUCAGUCCGAUCACCAAACAAUGAGCAUAUCAGAUAUUGAGCAUCGACCUGAGGGUGUCGAACAGAAGGCCGAGCCAGUAGAACCAAUGGAAACGUUUCUAAGGGCUAAUCGAGAUGUGUUUGUGUGGACGACGGAUGAAAUGCCUGGCAUUCCAGCAGAGUUAGCAGUCCACAAGCUCAGCAUGAACCCUACCAGAAGGUCGGUGGUUCAGAAACGUCACCUUUUUGGUCUUAAGAAGCAAGCUGCUAUAGAUGAAGAAAUACAAAAGCUACUACAAGCAGGCUUCAUCAGGAGAGUUGAAUAUUCUGAGUGGGUGUCCAAUCCUGUGCUCAUCAAGAAACCAAACGGCAAGUGCAGGAUGUGUGUUGAUUUCACCAACUUAAAUGAGGCGUGUCCGAAAGACCCUCACCCCUUGCCAAAUGUUGAGAAGUUAGUAGAGCGAGCAGCCGGACAUGAAUGGAUGAGUUUCCUUGACGCCAGCUCGGGUUAUCACCAGGUUCAGUUGCUGCUAGAUGAUCAGGAGAAAAUAGCUUUUUACGCUGGUGACGUAAUCUACUGCCAUGUCAUGAUGCCAUUUGGCCUGAAAAAUGCGAGCGUGACAUAUAAGAAGCUGGUGCAGGUCUUCUUUAAGCUUCAGAUCGACAGGAAUAUUGAAGUAUAUAUGGACGACAUGAUAGUCACCAAUAAGCGAGCUGAAGAUUACAUAGACGACCUGAAUGAAACAUUUCAGAACUUGCACCGAGCCCAAAUGAAGCUGAAUCCCCUGAAAUGCAUGUUUGCUGUAGAAUCAGGAAAGUUCCUAGGGUACAUGGUAUCCAAGAAAGGAAUUGAGGUAAAUCCAGAGAAGGUUCAAGCCAUUCAGUUCAUAGCCAGAUCAGCAGAAAGGUGCCUCCCAUUCUUUAAAGCCUUGCGAGAGCCCAAGAACUUUCAGUGGACCGAUGAGUGUCAGCAGGCAUUUGACGAGCUCAAACAAUAUCUGGCGUCAGCACCCCUGCUUUCCAAGCCUGUGGAGAGGGAGAGCUUGUACCUAUAUCUAGGGGUUACAGAGGAGGUCGUGAGUUCGGUUUUACUCAGAGAACAGAAUAAACAGGAAAAGCCCAUCUACUACAUGAGCAAAGUUUUACAAGGCGUAGAGCAGAACUACCCACUAGCAGAAAAAGCUGCUUUUGCCCUGGUCUACAUGGCUCGUAAGCUGAGAGCUUACUUCCAAUCACAUCAAAUUAUUGCAUAUACCGAUCUGCCAUUGAGGAAGAUAUUGCAGAAGCCGAAACUUUCUGGUUGGCUCAUCGGCUGGAGCGUCGAGUUGAGUGAGUAUGACCUCAAAUUCCAGCCGCGCACAACCAUAAAAGGCCAGGCUGUGGCGGACUUCCUAGUGGAGUGCCUUACGGCGACGGUGGAAGAAAGGGCACCAGUAUACCCGGUCUGGGUUUUGUAUGUAGAUGGAGCUGCUAAUGACGAAGGAUCGGGUGCGAGGGCAUUGCUAGUGGGCCCAGAUGGCUUCAAAUCCGAGCAUGCAUUAAGGUUUAAGUUUCAAAUAACAAAUAAUGCUGUAGAAUAUGCAGCCCUCAUAUAUGGUUUGAAGCUAGCAUCCAAGCUGAAAGUUCAAAGCAUCAAGGUUUUCAGUGAUUCUCAGCUCAUUGUGGGCAAAGUGAAUGGGAGUUGUGAAAUCAGGGAUCCUCAGCUCGGUCGUUAUGCCUCUAUGCCUCCUCGCAAGAUAUCAACCCCCAGAGAUCGACAACUGUGGAGUGGCGAGCUGCUUGAAGACCCAUCCGCAGCAAAGUUGAUUAAACACAGGGUGGCACAUUUCACCUUGUUAGAUAAUCAGCUCUACAAGCGAGCAGCCUCAAUGCCCCUACUACGCUGCCUUACUCCUUAUGAAGCUGAAUACGUUAUGAGGGAAGUUCAUGAAGCAGUAUGUGGCACACACCUAGGUGGUAAAACAUUAGCUUGGAAACUCCUGAGACAUGGGUAUUACUGGCCUACUAUGGUCGAGAACGCACAGAACUAUGUCAAAAAAUGCCCGACCUGCCAGUUCAACGCCGAUGACAUUCACAUGCCAGUCGACCUGCUUGGCCCUUUUGUCAAAGGCAAAGGAGGAUGCACUUACCUAGUUGUCGCGGUGGAUUACUUCACCAAAUGGAUAGAAGCCAAACCAUUAUCCACGACAACAGAAAAGAAAAUAGAGGAAUUCCUGUUCAAUUCAAUAUUAUGCAGGUUCGGCAUACCUAAAUGGAUCAUUAUUGACAAUGGUCCACAGUUCCGAGCCGCGGCACUGAGGUCGUUCUGCAACAACUAUGGCAUUGAGCUCGCCUUGACAUCUGUAUAUACCCCACAAUCAAAUGGACAGGCCGAGUCCGCCAAUAAAAUCGUCUUGCAAGGCCUCAAGACGCAUGUCUUAGCCGCACAUUCUAAUUGGGUUAAUGAGCUCAAUAAAGUGUUCUGGUCAUGUCGCACUACACCCAGCUCGGCCACAGGCGAAACCCCAUUCAUCCUUGCCUAUGGAGCUGAGACCGUCAUCCCUAUAGAGAUCGAAUUGCCAUUCGACAGAGCAGAUCGGCACAGCGAUCCUAGUAAUGAGCAACUUUUAAGAGAGAACUUGGACCUUGUAGAAGAGGUUAAGGAGAUGUCCCGAACAAGAAACAAGGCACAUCAAAGUCGUGUUGCUAUAUUUUAUAAUAAGAGUGUCCGAGCUCGUCAAUUUUAGGUUGGCGAUCUAGUUUACACAAGACUAAGCUCACUAACGCUUUCUCACAUAUGGUGAAACUUGCACCGAACUGGGAAGAUCCUUAUAUGGUUAUUUGUGUCAAGCGACCUGGGUCUUACCAGUUGGUGGAUCUACAAGGUCGUCCAUUAUUAUUCAUUUGGAACAUACACAACCUUAGAAAGUUUUACAAUUAACAUGUAUGUUAUUA